CUGACUGUAUUUCGGUGGUAUGCACAUCGGUCGCAAAACAGCAAAAUGAAAUAAAUAUAUGUGAGGUUAAGGUUAAGAAGUAUUUUUAUAAUUCCUACUUUUUUCCAAAGAAAAUCUGUAAAUAAUGAAACGUUCAAUUGAUGCAACAGAUUUGCAGACAUUCUUAAGAGAUGACAGUGAACCCGAAACAAAGGUGAUGUUGGUUGAAAGGGAAGCAAAACCGGGGGGUGUUUCCCUUGUAAACCCAAAUGCCAUAGCUAAAAAGUCUUAUACCGAUGCCAUGGAGCUAUCAGAAGGAGUCUCAAAUGUAAACACUGCAAUGCACGCAAAUGCUAGAAACAAAUUGGAUGUGAUUGGAAGACAAAUGCGAAACCUACAAGAACUAAUGUCAAGCGUGUUUGAGGAAACUAAACUCAGCAUAGAACUGCACAAUGUCGCUUGUAACUUUGUAAAAAAGCCUGGGCACAUUUACCAUUUGUAUGAAAAACCUUCCGGCCAGAAAUAUUUCGGGAUGCUUUCCCCUGAAGAAUGGCUAAACGCCCCACACAACUACUUGGGCAGCUACAUGUUGGAGUCGGACUUGAGUUGGACCCCCGCACGGUCGAUUGACGGUAGAUAUGAAGGUGUGAAUUUUUUAAAACAAUUUUUUGGGGCACCCCACUUGCAAGCGUUAUCGUAAGUGUGGGAAAUAAAACGAAUAAAACACUUGUAAAUAACAAAUGUAUUUGUUAAAAUUAACAAGACUAUGCAACAAU